UAAGUUUGUACCCAUCAUUUCGCUUAUACAUAAAAACUAUAGUUUAACUACAUUGGCGUGCCGUAAUUUUUUGUCAUUUAUUGUGCUCGGAAAUCGAAACGGCGGUAACAGUGAAAUACAACGGUGACAGUACAGUACAGUAGCAGUACAAAGAUGGUAUGGUCCUUGGGAUGGGAUUAGGUGCUAACCCGCACCGUGAUAACUAGAAAAAAACGAUACUAAAAAUAAUGAAAUCACUACGGAUUAUUAUAAAAUCAAUACAACAUCUAAGCUAAAUCACUACUAAUUCAAACUAGUAGUAGUUUUUCCCUUGGUUAGGACGGUGCUAACUAUUGUACAAUUAGCACCGUAACCGCUACCUAGUCCUUGGAUUGGCAAACCCAUGUUGCUUAAAUGGGCUAACCAAAAAUUAUCUACAAAGCCCAUUCAAAUUAAAAGCCCGUACAUUUCUUUAAAGAACGGAAAAAAAAACAAACAAAGCCAACAUAAAAAGCCUAUCUCCCAGAUAUCUCAUUUUUUUGCCGCUCUUCUUCUCAAACUUUUGGCGCUACAAUCGUAGUCGCUACUCGCUACUACUAAUCCAGUAAGCAACCGUUCUGCUGCGUAAAAAGCUAGGUCACCGGAAAUCGGCGCCCCCUUUUGCUUUGGCGACGACGGAAGAUGGAUCUCAUGGACACGGACGGUCCUCUAGAUUUCGAAUUCGAAGACCCACUUUUCACUUCCGCUGGUGAUGUAGCUAAGAGAAGGUUUUUCCUCCUCCUUUUCCAAUCUCUGCAGUCGCUUGUGAGGUUCUUCCUAUUAUUUGGCGAAGGGGGUUCCUAAUCAACCAUAUGAGUAGUUUCAAAUCUUUAUACCACUCUAUUGUGGUGUUUUGAAUGAUCUUCGUGAUGGAAUGGGCGGUCAUUAAGUUUGCUAGGGUUCUUAUUUGAAGGAACUUUUUUUUGCGCAGAGAUAGUAAGUUUAUGGAGUAAUUGUAGUAAUAAUUUGAUGUGCGCUCGACUUGGGUGCAUCCAAAGUUGUGGUUGUGGCCUUUGUAGUGAUGGGUCUGAUGUUACGGUUUUUGGUAGGACGAAAACCAUUGGCCUGGAUGAUCUGUUGACUGAUUACUUCAAGGAGCAAAGCAAAGUCAUCGAGAGGCAGUCCAAGCGGGCAAAGGCUUUGAAAGACCAUGAUGAAAGUGGGGUCAGACAAGAAGUUAUGCUAAAGAGCCUUGAAGAAUGUGAAUUCAAGAUAAAUGAGAUAGGAUGCGGCGAAGAAGAAUUUACUUGGGGGAUGCAAGUCUUUGGAAACCAGAAACCUGCACCGCCGCUUGUCUUCCCGGAGCUUGCGAGUAACUCUUUGUUGCAGUCGGUCAUGAGCAACCAGGUCAAUUCUUUGGUGAAACUCACUGUAGAUGAAGGACAGGUUUUUUUUGAAGGAUUACUUAUAAAUGGCUGGCUCUCGCAAUUGGUUGGUAGAGGUGGUCGGUUGGAGAAAUCAGUAGCUCAAUGGAUCUAUCAUAUAAUGUUAUAUUCACAGAAAGAGGAGUUGAGGACAGCUGCUUGUAACUUUUGGUGCACUGCUGUUCAACUUGAUGUGAAGGAUAAUAAGCAGCCCACUGGAGUUGAGUGGUUCCCAAGUUACUCAGAUCUAAAAACAGCUGUUGAGAUAUAUGGAUUUGUUCUACACGUUCCACUGCAGGGAGAGUCGCCAAGUGCUGAUAAUGACAAUAGAGGACCACCUGAUAAUAUUCAAAUGUGGAUAAAGUUUACAGCUGCGUGCUGUCAAGCAAGCAGGGGGCAAGAGUGUAUGUUUUUGGCUUCAGAGGCUGAAACUUUACUGGAGGUUAUAGUUCUUCUGUCUCUAGACCGCAAACUGGAAGGAUUCCUGCUACUUCUGCAUGAUGGUGUACAGUCUGUCAUUAAUUACUUCACAGAUGAGGAAUGGCAGGCAGCAUGUCAAAAUGUUGCAAGAUCUCUUGCUUGCAGGGUUCCAAAGGAUUUGAACUGCAUAAGAGCCCUGGAAUCCAUACCAGGAAUCAGCCCCCGUGCUAACAGCCUCAGAGCUGCAGUUUCCCAUCAACUACUGCAUAAUUCUUUUGAUAAGGCGUGCGAUGAGGAGGGAAUCCUUAGCUGCCUUAUCGCCAUUAACAUGGCGGAGAGAGAAUGUGAUCUGUUCAAAAUGUACAUAUACCUUAGUUUGGCGGAAAAUUGGCUGCUCUCUACCACAGUUCUAGAAGACAAGCCGCUAAUCUGCGAGAUGUGGGGUGUUUACUUGCGUCACUGUACUUGCCAAAUUAGCCAUGGGGAUCUGCGGCCCUAUGCAGCAAAGAUUCGUGCUAAAGCCACAUAUCUACUUCACUCGAAAACCAAGAAAUAUUGAUCAUUAUGCCAGGUAUGCCCUCUGCAUAGACACUAGACACCACAGACAGUAAUCUUGUAGGGAAAAAAUUGUGAGUCAUCUU